CACACAGAGAGCAGCAUUGACUUUAACACUGAGGUACUGAGAAAAGAAAAACACAUUCACUGAACAGCUGGAAAGGUGAUGUUUCUCUACAGAUAAGCAGGAAGUGAGAUAGUUUGACCGGGAUAUCAACAAGUGUCUCAGUUAAAUUUUAGCAAUCAGAAUCAGCUGUCAUGCAUAAUUUCUUUAUUUACUAUAUUGAGAGAGCCAUCAUCAGCCUGAAGGUUGUGAAAGAGCUCUUUUAUUUAACCUUCGGGACCUUCUUCUAUGUUUUUGAGGCCUUUGCACGGCUGUUGGUCCAUCCACCUAGAAAGGAUGUUGAAGGGGAGAUCGUCCUGGUUACUGGUGCUGCCCAGGGUAUUGGAAAGCUUAUAGCAGAGAAGUUUGGCAUGCUCGGGGCCACCCUGGUGCUUUGGGAUAAUAACUUGGAAGCCAUUGAACAAACAACAAAAGAGCUGAGACGCCGUUUAGAUGUCAGGGUCUAUGCCUAUGUGUGUGAUUGCAGCAGACGGACAGAGGUUUACAAAGUUGCAGAAAUGGUGAAGAGGGAAGUAGGUGAUGUGUCCAUACUGGUGAACAAUGCCGGAGUGGUAACAGGAAAGUACAAUUUUACAGAUGCUCCAGACAAUUUGGUGGACAGAACCUUAAGGGUUAAUGCAGCAGCACAUUUUUGGACCUACAAGGCUUUUUUACCUACCAUGAUGGCCCGUAAUCAUGGCCACCUUGUGUGUAUUGCUUGCCACGGAGGACUGUUUGCAAUGAAUGGUUUAGCAGAUUACUGCGCAAGCAAGUUUGCUGCUGUGGGUUUUGCUGAAUCCAUAGCUUUGGAGCUUCUUGUUCUUGGAAAGGAAGGAGUUAAAACCACUAUUGCAUGCCCCUACUUGAUCAACACUACCAUGUUUGCAGGCUGCCAGACAAAGUGGCCUUCAUUUUUGCCUGUCAUGGAUCAGCAUGACGCUGCAGAGAAGAUAGUGGACGCCAUCUUAAGAGAGAAGCUCUAUAGUCUGCUGCCAUUUAGUUUAUAUUUUCUGAUGGCCUUAAAAAGUGUCAUGCCAACCAAACUUGGAAUUAUUUUUGUAAACUUUCUGGGAAGCUUGGACCUCAUGGACCAGUUCAGCGGUGUGCCGGUAUCCCCAGCAGCCAGCUGCAGAAAAACACAGGAACCAGCCCAGCUUCCCAAAGAAGAAACAAAUCUGAAGCAAACAGCAGGAAAUAUCUCAGAGUACAAUUAAAAUGAGUGUGCCCAGGUAUAGAGGAGUAGAUGUACAGGAUGCAGUUUUCUGUUACAAUGUGUUUGUUCUGUUAAAAAAAUAAAUUAAACUAUACAUGGAAAGUCAUAUUUUCAUACGGAGAGUGAAAUUAAAGGAAUCGACACGUACUGAUAAACAACUGCAUUUUUGAAAGACAAAGAACUAAAUCAAUAAUCAUAAGCCAGAUAAAUCAGUGGUGGUCAAACUCGCAAACUUGUUUUCAGGAGGGAUCCCAACACCACCAGACCACCUGUUUAUAAUGACCACACAGCAAUGCAUCAGGGUAUUUUUUAUAGGAAAUAGACAUCCAUUUUGAAACUCUGUCAGAUUAAGAAUAUUACAGUGUGUCUUUUUGCUUUAUUAUUCCAAUUCUUUCAUUACAAAAUCUUGAUAUUUCUGUACCGGGAUGGAAAUAAGACGCCUAUCACAUAGCAGUUUCACCCAUUCCAGGUUUUAAUACACGCUUGAUUAGCCACAGUCUGUAUGUAACAAGCUCAGGUGUGUCUUUUUAAAACCAGGAACGGAUCAAACUGCUAUUCAGUGGGAGUCUUAUUUCCAUCCUUGUUAUAAUGCAUUUGUAAAUGGCCAGUUCAGUCACUUUAAAGGUGGCCCCAGGUAUUUUGAGAACCAUUGUUUAAAAUGUAUGAGCCAACUGUUUCCAAGGAGGUAUGGCUCUUCCCAUGUCUUGCUCUAGUUACAAAAUCUAUGUAAAAAUCAUGUUUCUGUAGCUUAAAUCUCCUUAUUAACGUCUAAUUGACACCUUUUGAUUAAUUCUAAUUGAGUAACACGUGUCAAAGUUUGUGACGUCUUUUGGAAAUUGUGUGUUUUUGUUAGAUAUCGAAAUGUCAGAUUGUUCAAUUUGUGUCAGUUUUUCGUUAAGUAUAUGGAAAACUACAAAGCGUUAUGUAAUUGAAUAUGUUAACAUAACAUAUUUUUUUGUUAUAUUUAGAGAUUCAAAUAUUAAACUACAAUAACCAAAACCUAGUCAAAACAUUGAUCUGCUCCUUCCUGUAACAAAAAAUAAAUAAAUUAAUAAAAAAUCCUGUUGAAUAGUAUACAGUAUUUAACAAACAUACUGGCGGCCGGGUAAUACUGAAUUGACAAAUUUGCAGUAAUAAUCACACUUUCUUUAAUUACACCUGUCCUCUUAAAUGACAUACAUUGUGGCAUAUAUAACUUAAUUGAAGGACCACUUCAAUUAAGGCCAAGUCUCAGGCAGUAAUUGUGCGUGCUGCGCUUACU